UUUGAAAUGCAAGUGUAUUGUGGUGUUGAAAUAUUAGCAAAUAAUAAAUAUUUAAUAAUUUCUCUGCUCGUAUUACCACAUAAGAGUUAACAUGAGCACGAGUAAAAACGAUGAUCCAAUUUCGGAGAAGAUUUUGAAUGUUGCCAAAAAGCACCCAAAAGGGAUUUCUGACAAAGAUAUAUUAGCAGCGGUGCCUGAACUUUCUGCUGCAGAACUUGUUUCAGCAAUUAAUAAAUUAUUACAGGAAGGAUUAUUCGAUUUAUAUAAUCAAGGAGGUUCACUCAUAUACAGGUUAAAAGGUCAGUCGUCAAAACAAGCUGUUAAAGGUGCUGAUAAUGAGGAAAAAGUUGUCUACAAUUUAAUCGAAGAUGCUGGCAAUAAAGGAAUAUGGAUACGAGACAUUAGGUUACGGUCCAACAUCGCCAACACACAAUUGACCAAAGUAUUGAAAAAUCUCGAGAGUAAAAAAGUUAUAAAAGCUGUUAAAUGUGUUAAUGCAUCUAAAAAGAAAGUGUACAUGUUAUACAAUUUAGAACCUGAUAGAUCAAUAUCUGGUGGUGCAUGGUAUCAAGAUCAAGAUUUUGAAUCUGAAUUUGUAGAUAUUUUGAACCGCCAAUGCCUUAGGUUCUUGCAGCAGAGAGCUGAUAAAAUUAAAAACAAUCCCCAAGGCCCAGUGGUGGGCAGGACACAGUCCUUUGCAUCAGCUGUUGAAGUACAAAAGUACAUAACUGAUUUAGGAAUCAGUAAUGUAAAAUUAGAAGUGGAAGAUGUUAUAACAAUUCUGAAUACUUUAGUGUAUGAUGGGAAGGCAGAAAGUAGUGUAUUAUCUGAUGGGAGCAAAGUAUACAGAGCUAUUGAAUCUUUAAUCCCUCCGCCUGGACUGGUACAAGUGCCAUGCGGAGUAUGUCCAUUAAUAUUAAAGUGUUCCUCCACUGGCCUUAUUACUCCACAAGAUUGUAAAUAUAUGGAUGAAUGGCUUGAAAAUUAAAUGUAUAUUAUGUUU